UUUCAGUGAAUAUCUUAGUUACUGGGCUAAGGAAUCUGUAAAUAGGAUGACUUUUUAAUAGAAGACACAAAUUAAGUUUCAGUGCUAAAACACUUCCCUCGUAAUCCAGUCCAACCACAAUUCCUACUUAGUGUGAAUGAGGCAUGGGAUUGCAGUGGUUUGCUGCCUUUCUGCUAAUUAUAUUGGUGUAGAAAGAUGAUAAGAAAAACUGGCCUUCUGAUAUAAAAGUGCCCCACAGGGGAGGAAAAAAAUUACUUGUGAAAAUAAGUUCAUGAGAACAGGAAAUGUUGAACAUGUUCAGAAGAUAAUGUUACUUUAUAUAAUAACUUUAAAUUUAAACAAGGAAGGUUCAAGUUAAAUAUUUCACUUCUGUUGAUUGUCCUUCAACAGUACUGAAUUUGUUUUAAAUGUAAAUAAAAUGCAAAAUCUAAAACACACCUUUUUAUCCUUGAGUAAUAAAUUGAAGACUUAAAAUGAGAUUCAAACUUAAUAUUUGGUUUGUAAUCAAAUUCAAUUGAUUUAAAAUUAAUCAGUUAUCAAGUGGCCAUUUUCUUUUUUUGAACUUGUGUUGGCAAUGUGGUCUGGCUGAGCUUAGAUUUUUAGAAGUUCAUUUAGAAUAUGCAACUUUCUUUAGUUUCCUUGCCCACUUCCUAAAUUGCAAAUUUAAUACACGGCUGGAAUUCCGUGUCUCAAAUGAUAAAUGGUAAAAGUUGGAUGACAUCCAACAAUGUUGGAUGAUGGGUGCAUUUCUUUGCUGGCGCCUAAUUCUAAUCCUUGCUAUUUGCCAACAUAUUUUUCAAAAUAUUUCUCAAUAAGCUGGUUGAUCUUCCACUCUUUCUAUCAUCCAAGUUGAUCCAUUCCCACCAUAUCCUACCACUUCCCUUAAAAUUUAAUCUGGGCUAUUGAUAUAAAGUCACUUGAGAUUAGAUUGGCAGAAUCAGCAGAGAGCAGGUUUUGACCUGGAACCUUCAUGGAUUAGUUAGCUUAAAACACCUGACAUUGCAUGUAUCCAUGGAUUUUACAGUGGAAUAUGCUAUGUUUAUUACUUAAUGAGAUAUCAAACUUUUUAUCAAAUUAUAAAUGGAAUAUUUUACUUUAUACAGAAUUCAUAUAUUUAUAACAUUCUUGCAUUAUACACUUUAGCUCAGUGUUUAUAAAAAUACAUUUUCUAAUAACUAAAAUCUGAUUUGCUGUGUACUUUAUUCUAAAUAUUCAUAUAAUGAUUGCAAAGUAAUAAUAACCUGCAGUAAUAAUUUUAAAAGUAAAUUGAAAGAACAUUCUAGCAUGCGAUUGUAAUAAUGCAAUCAUAUAUACAGUAUUUUUAUGAAACAGUGGUAAGUACUGGGGCACCUUGUUGGUGCCCCAUAGAACAAGUUGCAGUUGAAGAGCACAAUUCUGAGAAUGAAAGUUGAUCACAGUUUUAAUGUGCCUGGUAUUGUUAAGCCUCCAGUAGAUAAAUAAUAAGUACAUUUUAUUUGGUUAUUUUACACUCAAAUGUUACUUGCAGUAAUGUAGCUUCUCAGUGUUUGCAUGCUUAAUUUAUUAUUGGUGGCUUGAAGCAAUUACAGAUCAACAACUUAUGUUGGGAGUAUCCCUGUUGUGAUUGUUUUGAGUGUAGUGUAUAAUGAAUAUUAAAAUUUCUGUCAUUUUGCAUGAAGAUUUUUUCUCCAUAUGCUAUCUCUUUACUCUGCCUUGAAGUAAAAUGUAGACACAGGCUGCUAAGAGAAUUAGAAAAGUAUAUGAUAACAUCCUUGAUUUAAUGAAGUUAGUGGUAGUGUAAUCCCAACAUCCAUUAUACACUGUUCUCGUAAAUUCAAUGCCAGUUUGUUUGUUCCUGUGGCUUUGGACUAAUUGUUGCCAAGUUUUGAACUAGGGAACCUGCAAACGGAUAUUGAGAAGCUAUGUAAGUAUUUGUAACAUUUGCAAUUAGGAAACUUUAAUGAUGGGAAACUUGCAUUCACAUAUUGGCUUGUAGAGCACUUUGUCCUGAUUGCUUAUAUCCGGAAUAGGAUAGCAAUAGGACUACUACAGUUUUUGUUGAGGAUGAAAAAGUUUUGUGUUUUUAUUGAGCACUUGCAGAGGAUUACUGAUGGUGGAAGCGGUGUGAUGAGACUUGAUCCACAGUCCUGAAGGGUGAGUGAGUUAUGUUGCAUUGAGGUCCUGAAUUGCAUUUGCUUCCAGAGAUCUCAGCUCUCAAUUGGUAAAUCUCUAUGAACCCAGUAAUUAUUUUGAUUAGCAGAAUAACAUUGAGGAUAGCCUUUGUUUUAUAAUUUCAUAAUGAACAGUGAUCAAUACAGAGCAUUAGAUCGCAGAAUCAGUUUCAAAUCUCUAGGUAUUAGUUGAUUUCAAGAAGGGGUUAUUAGCAUCAGCGCUUUAUUUAGAAAGGGCAAAUUUUAUAUUGUUCUUGAUUACUGCCAAUAUUUGAUCAAUAGUGGUGUAUCCCAACACCAGACACAGUGAUCAUGGAGUUGCAGAAGAUUUUUGUCCAAUAAAACCAACAUUAGAUUGUCACAGAGGAAAAAUAGUGUAGAAAUUUGUCUUACAUUUUCACAUGGGAUAGGCAAGAUUGCCAGUUAUAUGUAAUGAUUGUUAUUUAGCAUCUUUGAUGCUAGUGGAACUGUAUAUUAGGAGGUUGAGUAUCUUGGGUAAAAUAUCAUUAGCAACAAGUAAUUUCUACCCCAAAAUUAUGGAAAGUUUAGCAUGUAAAUUCCUAUUCUUUAGUGAUUUAGAGGCUAAUGUGUGGUGGAGAGUUGGAUGAUUCUUCUUGCUGUUCUUUCAUUUGUUAUACCAUUGACCACUGUGUUCCAUCAUGCAAAGUAGUGUUAGAGUGUGCACAAUUCCUCAUUUUCAAUUUAAACACAAAGUAUUUUAUAAAAAACAACUUUGAUAAUCCCUGACAAUAUCAAAGUUCAGAACAGUAUAAAGGUUGCAAUCCUUUAUACAAAAUGGAAACUGUUUUGUAACAGUAUGAUGUUUUCCAAUAAUCUCAAUGAUGUCUCAAAUAUAAGUCAUGUGUUUUUAAAAAAAAAUUAUAUAGUUUGAAUUUAAUUUGCCUUGGGCAAUCUCUAGCUUCCUUUCAGACUGAGGUAGCCAUAUCUAAUGUGAUGGGCUAUUCCUCAAGAAUUUAAAUAAACACAAGUAAAAUUUGACUGAACAAAAUUAGUUUGCUAGUAAAUAAUACAAUUUUAAACAUAUCUUGUAAAAUGAUAAUCCUUUUACAAUUAUUUUUGUGAAAGAAACCAGAUCUCAGACUUCAUUGUCUGGUAAGUCUUUCCAGGAAUGUCUGUUGUGUGCAGUUGAGUAUGUUAUGGGGGUUCUAUACCACCUUGGCUGUACUUGCAUAUGUUCUCUGCUGCAGGCUUGCCCAUGCGAUCGUGCCUUUGCGAUCGUGCCUUGAGCAUUCUGGUUUCCAGGUGACAGACACGAUUCACGGUACAGUAUCUGAUCUCUGACAUCGCAGCAAUUUCUACAGUUGUAAACAAAAACCUAUUGGAUGUUAAGUUUACGAUGACCUGUAAUACAGGGGAGACCAAACAGAAUAACCAGGAUGGAUUUAAUGUUCGGGGAACUGAAGCCAUGGUUUUGGAAAGUGUUAUGUUUGCCAUCUUGGCAGAACGAUCCCUUGGUCCCAAACUGUAUGGAAUCUUCCCUCAGGGUCGUUUGGAACAGUUCAUUGCAAGUCGGAAAUUGGAGACCAGUGAACUGACUAUUCCAAGUAUUUCAACAGAAAUAGCAAAAAAGAUGGCCACCUUCCAUAGAAUGACAAUGCCAUUUAACAAAGAACCAAAAUGGUUGUUUUGCACUAUGGAAAAGUAUUUACAGCAAGUGAUGCGAAUUAACUUCACAAGAGAAUCGCAUGUUGGAACAUUCCACAAACUUCUUGGUUACAACCUGCCUAAGGAACUCGAGAAAUUAAGGUCUUUGCUUCAAGCAACUCCUUCACCAGUUGUCUUCUGUCACAAUGACUGUCAAGAAGGAAAUCUUCUGCUGUUGGAUAAUGCUGAGAACUCAGAUCAGAAACUGAUGCUGAUUGACUUUGAAUACAGUAGCUACAAUUUCAGAGGAUUUGAUUUUGGGAAUCACUUCUGUGAAUGGAUGUAUGACUACAACUGCGAUGAAUAUCCGUUUUUUAAAGCUGACAUCAAGAAAUACCCCACCAAAAUGCAGCAGCUUCAUUUUAUUCGAGCUUACAAUGCAGAGCUGCAGAAUGACUGUGAAGUCAUAAAUGAAAAACAGAUUACAAAAAUGGAGGAACAGAUGCUGGAAGAAGUAAAUAGAUACGCACUUGCAUCACAUUUCUUUUGGGGCCUAUGGUCUAUUAUUCAAGCACGGAUUUCAACAAUUGAAUUUGGAUAUUUGGAAUAUGCUGUUGCAAGAUUUGAAACCUAUUUUGAACAGAAGAGGCAUCUUGGUGUUUGAAAUCUAGUGGAUGAUCCAGUGUGUGAAAUGAAGACGAAGGAAGAAAAGUAACGCUGGCAGGGCCAAUUAAGGAACGUCGCAGCAAUAUCCAAUAGAGAUCUGGCUGUGGGUAUUUGAUUCAUGUGGUAGAACAUGGAUUUAUAGUGUUAAAAAUCAACUUUAUGGAAUGCAAAAAGUUAUGUUUACUUUUUAGAGUUGCUUUAUAAAUAGAAUUUUAAAAAGCACAGUAAUGUAUUGUUAAAUCAAUACUAAAUGGUUAAUUAAUCCUUUAACUGGAGUAAUUUUAUUUGCUAGAUAUUUGGUGAACAAAAUAUUGAAUAGUGUACAUCUAAAAUAUUCUUCCAGCCUGAAAAUUUGACAUGUAUUUUUAAAAGCCUUUUUUUACAUUACUCUUCUGUUUUUCAGCAAAGCUUAUUUUUUAGGUAAAGUAACUGUACAAAUGAGCCAUACAUAGUUGAUUUAUUUGUUGGAAAACUUACCUGUAAAUGUGGAUUAAAACAUUCUGUAAUAAUUUAUUGCAUACUAAUUGGGAAACAAAGCUGCUGAAGUUAAUUUUGUAUAUACACUAUUGUGUAAUUUUGCUUUAUUAAUGGUAUAAGGACAUCUAACUGAUAUUUGAGCCAUAUAGGGCAACGGCACCCAAAUCCUAUUGAUUGAAAAGCUAGAGGUUUAGCAACCUGGUGGGAUAACUCUUUAAAUGCUUGUAUCUUCCCAGUCAUCUCCAAAUAAUCUUGCAAUAAGAUGGUCCGAGCUGCUAAUGAACCAGGAUGCCUUUCAGUGUUCUUUGCUGGUAUUCAUAUUGUUAGAUCAUUUGAACUUUUAAGUGUAGCCCUAAAGUGAGAUAUUCCAUCUCUGGUGUUUAGCUAGUGCAAAUACCUAUGUUUAUUUUGGACUUCAGUAUAAGGGUGGAAAAUUGUGGACACAAAUCUAAUAAAUGGAAAGGUGUUAUGGACAGAACUUGAUCACUGAAAUGGGACAAUCAUUUCUGAUAUAAUGAGCUGGUGUAGUUCUUAAAAAAUCAUAAUUUAGGAAAUAAAGCUUUGGCUAUUUUGAUUUUUUUCCAUUCUGACAUGUCAUACAUUUGGACUCUUUUUGAAAGAAUGUGUUGCAUUUAUACUCUUUUAUAUAAAUAAUACUGUAGUGUGAAUAAAUAUAUUACAUUUUAAUGGUUUUGUAACAGGAGUUGCAAAUAUAGUAAAUGAUUAAGCUAACUCAAGUUUUCAAAGUUCAACAUUGGCAAGACUCCAUUAGAGGUGAACAAGCAGGAAUUUGUAAAAAGGCAGCUGUUCAUGCCAGAGUAGAAUUUCCAAUCCAGAAACAUCACUUUUUAGCAUUUAUUUGGAUCAUACACUUCUUAGUUUCCAAGCCAAUCAGAUUGUGAAUCUCUGUACAUAUUGAGUAACGGUGACACGUUUAUUGGUAAUUUAGUAUUUUACUUAUUGUCUGUAACUCAGUUGGCGUGCUCACAUAGGUCAAAUAAGCUAACAUCUGACUUCCUUUGUCUUGAUGCCACGGUACUGUAUGUUUUGCAAGAGAUAUGGUUAAGCUCUGAAAUUCAGACCAAAGGCAAAACUCAUUGGAACAGGAUAGUUUAUAAAUUAAUGUUUCUUGUAUGUGAGCAUUAAAGCUAUUGUUGAAUUAUCUAGGGUAAAACAUUAAUGAAGCUGAUGCUAAAAGAAAGCUAAUAUGUACAUAUGUUUUGUACAUGUUUUUGUACCAGCUGAUGGUCACCAGAAUAGGGUUUAACUCCUCAUACCAAUUGAAUAUCUUACCAAGAUGCAGACACAAGCCGGUCCAGUAGAGCUCUAAAACCUAAUUUUUAAGAGUUUUGUACAUCUAGUUGUUUAGAUAGAAUACUGUUUGAAAUGCAAUUACCAACUUAAACUAUGCCAACAAAACUAAGAUUGCAAUGUAAAAUUUCGGUACAGUAUUCCACUUGGUAGCAGUGAAUGAACUUAUGUUGAUUUGUCAUUGAGAGUCUAACUGCUAAUGACAAAUCAACCAUGUUACCUUCGUACAGUACUUCUGCUUUACUAGCCAGUCCUGCCUUUUCUGUAAGAUAGCAUAAUUGCACUGGUGGAAUUGCAGUAUAAGCAAUCAAAAUUUACCUUGUAUGCUGAGGUAUUGAUUUUGUUUAUUACUGUAAAGAAAAUGUAAAUGCUUUUUAUAAUGCAGUGAUGUUGUGUGAUAAGUUUAUGUUAAUGCCAAAUCAGUUGUAUUUUUGUAAAAUGUCAUUGUAUGCACAGUAUAUGUAUGGCAUCAAAUCUUUUAAUAAAGGUCUUUGCUAACGGUGUAAGGAAAUAUGAA